AUGGGAGAUGCUAAACCCCAACACACGGUCGAACCGACCGACGAGAAGCCGGCCGUUGUGGCGCACAUUGACGACAAGUCGGAGCUUGGUCCUGACAAGCAUGCCGCUGUGGCUGACUACACGGGUGCUGCGCGCAAGAGCGAUCCCGAGGAGAUUGCGCUCGUGAGGAAGAUUGAUUGGAGACUCAUGCCAACACUCAUGGUCAUGUACUUCCUGAACUAUGUCGACAGAAACGCAAUUGCGCAAGCGCGACUCAACAAUCUUGAAGACGACCUGGGUAUGACUGGCGUGCAGUUCAAUACCUGUGUUUCCAUCCUGUUUGUUGGCUAUGUCCUCAUGCAAGUCCCCUCCAAUAUGCUCAUUACGCGAAUCAAGCCGGGCAUCUACAUGAGCAGCUGGAUGCUCAUCUGGGCCGUGGUAUCGGCAUGUACGGCAUUGGUGCAGAAUUUCGGCGGAAUGGUCGCCUGUCGCUUCUUCCUAGGCAUUACAGAGGCCCCGUUCUACCCCGGCGCCACGUACAUGCUGUCGAUCUUCUACACGCGGAGAGAAGUCGCCACACGCAUUGCGCUGCUGUAUUGCGCGCAGAUUCUCGCCACGGGCUUCAGUGGCUUGAUUGCUGCAGCCGUCUUUGAAAUGGAUGGUGUCCGGGGCAUCGCAGGAUGGCGCUGGCUCUUCAUCAUUGAGGGUGCUGUCACCGCCCUUGUGGCCAUGGUCGGUUUCUUCAUGCUUCCCAACACGCCGCUUACGACCCGCUGGCUCAAGCCACAUGAGCGCGAACUAGCACACGCACGCAUCGAGCGGGACCGCGUCGGUGACUCGAUGGAGCCCGUCAGCAUGAUGGAAGGACUUCGACAGGCGUGCCGUGAUAAGAGGACCUGGCUGUUCUGCUUGAUGCAGAAUUUCCAUCUGAGUGCCUGCUCGUUCAAUUCCUUCUUCCCGACUGUCGUCCGCACCCUUGGCUUCAGUACCACAAUCACCCUCGUCCUGACAUGUCCGCCGUUUCUUCUCGCAGGCGCAGCAGGUAUCGCGACGGGAUGGAGUUCUGGCCGCAUGCAUGAGCGUACCUGGCACGUUACAGUUGGUUUAUUAGUCGCCGUUGUAGGAUUCGUCAUUGCUGCGAGCACUUUGAAUACCGCUGGUCGAUAUGUUGCCUGCUUCAUCUUCCCAGUGGGCGCCUAUUCUGUAAAUUCGGUCAUUAUCGGAUGGGCGUCUUCAACACUUAGCCAGACCAAGGAAAAGAAAGCCGUUGUGCUUGCUAUGACCAACGUAGGAGGCCAAAUUGGAUACAUCUACGGCGCGUACCUGUGGCCCGACAGCGAUGAGCCGCGCUACGGUAUCGGGUUCGGUGCGUCGGCGGGAUUCGCUUUGCUGUCCAUUGUGUGUGCGUGGAUUAUUCGCAUGAUGCUUAUCAAGGAGAACCAGAAGCUGAGGGCUUCGACCAACGAGCGUAUCAUGUUGUACGGGUACUGA